AUGCCCUCCUCUGUGGCUGUUUUUCACUGCAUUGGCUACACAAGGCUCGUUCCCCGGUUGCUAGGGCAACCAAGGAGGAUGGUCCUCAGCAGGGGCUGGGGAAGCCUUAGGCUGCCUCUGUGCUCGUCACUUUGCAGCACGCCUGCUGACCUGCUGAUGUCUGGGAGGAGGAGCCAGUUCUGCAGUGGAGCAUCUUCCGGCCCAGUAUGGUUUCUGCCUCCCCUCUGCCCCACCAUGAGACAGAGCUCCAGCAUUAGAGCUAGUGCUCCUCCCUCCCUCUGCUGGCCACUGCACCGCUCUGACUCGCACUGCUCCAGUGAUAGCAAGAGCACAACUGGCAAGAUGUCAUCCUCUUCCUCCACCUCCUCCUCCACCUCCAAUGGACAAGGGAAGCCUAAACCUAAAUCCCCGUUUCGCAAAAGGGGGAGUCUGCAGAGCACCACCAUUCCUGAUCUUUGUGGUGCAUCUGGGUCCAAGCCCCUCAAGCCCCAGCGAUCCCUGCCAGGGACGCCUGUUUCUCUCACACACUACCCGAUUGACCUGCGGACAUCCAUGGAAGAAAAGUACAAAGAGAUUGCAGAGGAGCUGUUCACGCUCAGCAUGGCAGAGAGCAAGAUGCGAAGCGCUCCGUACGAGUUCCCGGAGGACAGCCCCAUCGAACAGCUCGAGGAGCGGCGGCACCGUCUGGAGCGCCAGAUCAGCCAGGACAUCAAGCUUGAGCCAGAGAUCUUGCUCCGCGCCAAACAGGACUUCAUGAAAAUCGACAGUGCGACAGACCUAGAGUUAAUGAAGGAGAAGAGUGUGGAUACUGUCGAUGAUGGCUUCAAUGAGAGAGAAAUACCAAUGGAGCGUGAAUACCAGCGGGUCUCCAUAUCUGGCGAGGAAAAAUGUGGGGUCCCCUUCACGGACCUGCUUGAUGCUGCUAAGUGCGUGGUGAAGGCCUUAUUCAUUCGGGAGAAGUACAUAAACCGAUCCAUGCAGAACUUUUGUAAGACCACAGCUCACGCCUUACAGGAGCUCGGGAUGAAGUCUCAGGAUUUUGGAGUCUAUGAUGAUGUAGCAGAGACCCCUGUAGAUACUGACGCCUCCGUCCACCCACCGGUUUCAGAGACACACCCCUACGACAAUCAGGACCCCAUGAAUAUGCCAGCGGACACAGGAUAUGGAUGCAAGAUGGUAGAUGGAGUAGUUCAUGUCUACACCACUAAAAGCAACAUGGACAAAAGUGAAGAAUUGGACUUACCAUAUCCUGACUUGAAGGAGUACAUUGGAGACAUGAAUGUUAUGAUGUCCCUCAUUAUUAACGGGCCAGUGAAGUCUUUCUGCUACCGCCGCCUCCAGUACCUGAGCUCUAAGUUCCAGAUGCACAUCCUCCUGAACGAGAUGAAGGAGCUCGCUGCUCAGAAGAAGGUUCCUCAUAGAGACUUCUACAACAUCCGAAAGGUGGACACGCAUAUACAUGCAUCGUCCUGUAUGAACCAGAAGCACCUGCUGCGAUUCAUCAAGAGAGCCAUGAAAAAAUACCCUGGGGAGAUCGUUCAUAUUGAGCACGGCCGGGGUCAGACCCUCAAGGAUGUGUUCGAGAGCAUGAACCUCACAGCCUUCGACCUGAGUGUUGACACUCUCGACAUGCAUGCGGACCGUAACACGUUCCAUCGCUUUGACAAGUUUAAUGCCAAAUACAACCCCAUCGGAGAAUCCAUCCUCAGAGAGAUCUUCAUCAAGACGGACAACCACAUCGAAGGAAAAUACUUUGCACACAUAGUCAAGGAGGUGAUGUAUGACCUGGAGGAGAGCAAGUACCAGAACUCUGAGCUGCGUCUGUCCAUCUAUGGCCGCUCCCGAGACGAAUGGGACAAGCUGUCCGAGUGGGCUGUCAAACACCGUGUGUACUCUGAUAAUGUGCGCUGGCUUAUCCAGGUGCCCCGUCUAUUUGACGUGUACCACACAAAGAAGCAGCUGGCUAAUUUCCAGGAGAUGCUGGAGAACAUCUUCAUGCCACUGUUUGAAGCCACAAUAAACCCCGGCAGUCAUCCCGAGCUGCAUCUCUUCCUCGAACAUGUGGUGGGCUUUGACAGCGUGGACGACGAGUCCAAACCUGAGCACCACAUUUUUAGCCUUGACAGUCCGCUGCCGGCCGAUUGGACAGAAGAGGACAACCCGCCCUACUCCUACUACCUCUACUAUACCUACGCCAACAUGACUGUGCUCAACCACCUGCGGAGUCAGCGAGGCCUUCAUACGUUUGUCCUGAGACCUCACUGUGGGGAGGCGGGGCCGAUCCAUCACCUGGUGUCAGGUUUCUUACUAUCAGAGAACAUCUCUCAUGGACUGCUGCUCAGAAAGGCCCCGGUGCUGCAGUAUCUUUACUACCUGGCUCAGAUUGGCAUUGCCAUGUCCCCACUGAGUAACAAUAGCCUGUUCCUCAGUUACCAUCGCAACCCACUGCCAGAGUAUCUGUCCAGAGGCCUCAUGAUAUCUCUGUCCACUGAUGAUCCCCUUCAGUUCCACUUCACCAAGGAGCCUCUUAUGGAGGAGUACAGUAUCGCUGCUCAAGUGUGGAAACUGAGUUCCUGUGACAUGUGUGAGCUGGCAAGAAACAGUGUUCUUAUGAGCGGAUUUUCAAACAAGGUCAAACGUAACUGGCUGGGCCCCAGUUAUUCCAAAGAGGGUCCUAUUAGCAACGACAUCCGCCGCACUAACGUCCCAGAUAUCCGUGUGGCGUACCGCAGCGAGACACUCUCCGAGGAGCUUCAACUCAUCACCCAGGCCGUGCGCACCGAGGAGCUGGACACUAUCGAUGAGGAGGACUCUCUGUCCAUGGGCCCUCUGCCCAGCCAGCGCUGAAAUCACUGGUGGUCGGUUCUGGUAAACCUAGCAUGUCACUUGAGGGACAGUGGGAGAGUCAUUCUACAUACAGUAUAAACACCACCAGCCAUCACUAUAGACGUAUGCCGCACAUCUACACAGAUAUGAACAAGCCAAGGAUACAGUGCUGCUAGAGCGCCACAACCUCGACAUUCAUCAACUUCCGUUGACAUUUUUUAUGUUGCACGAAUGGAUUGUAAAUCCAUUUUAUUGUUAAAAUAUAAAAUCUAUACGUGUGUUUUCUCCACCUCUGUUUGUCAUGUUGUCACAUUAAGCAUGAGGAAGGUCAGCAGGGAUGAAUUUGUGAUGAACAGCAGGGAAACACUAGAAGCCAGUGUUUACCUCACCAGCCACACAGCCAGUCCACGAGUUUGACUGGCUGCCACAAAUUAAUCUGUGGAUAAAAUAUUUUUGGUUUAUUUUAAAUGUAGUGGGAGAAAUUAGACUGUUCCACAGUUUAUGUCAUAAAUAUAAUAAUAUAGUGGGUAAUAUAAAGGGAUGAUAAUAAUAUAAUAACAUAAUGUGAAACACUGAGCCAGUGAUAUGUUUUCAUCAAAAAUAAUACAAAAGCAGUUCUCAGACAUGAACGCCAGAUAAUGUCUUCACAAUGGGGUCUGCAUUUUCUCCCGAGUUUGCCUUUCAUGGAUAAAUAAUGGUGAAGGAGAUUCUCCGCUCAGACACAUUCACAACAACAUAAUAAUCUUUCAGCGUUCAUCUGAGGGGUGGCGCAGCAUCCAAGAGCCAGAACAUGAUGAUCACAUGUUUUUGUUUACAGCAAAUCAACAUUAGUAUCAGCUGUUAUCGCCAAAAGCUCUCAAAUGGCGUCGUCUUUCCAAGUUGACAUCUUUGCGUGCGUCUUCUACGCGUUUGGCUCCUCAACUUCAUCCUGGAAUAUUAUAGUGUUCCAGUUUCUCGUCAGUUGUGUGUCAGAAACGUCCUCAACAUUGCAGACUCGCUUGCUGUAAAACCUCCGGAUAUUCUCCCUUUGUGUUAUCACAUGGUCGUACUCUGAGAUUCUGCGGACAUUUUACUUGGGUGCAGGCACACAAAUGACUUGGACAUUUGUGUUCUCAAAUGCAGCCCCAUCGGAUAAUUUCCUGAGAUUAUCUGGAGUUCGGAACAUGUCUGAAAGCAGGUAUAGUGAGAAAUAUCUGUAGUAUUUACAGAAGUACUGAUAACAAACAUUUAAACAUUCAGAACAGUAAACCAGUUCUAUUGUUCUUGUUUAUCUUCCUCUUCACAUUCAUACUCCUUAAAUAAUAUCCAUUUUCAUCUUACAGAUUCAUAAUGAAUGGAUUACAGAUUACAUUUUAUUGUAAUACUUGUGUGAGAUUGUUGGUCAAAGUUUGACAAACCUACAGAUCAAACAUUGACAGGUGGCGUUAGGCUUGAUUUUGUUCUGUCUGAAUGCAGCAGUGCUGACUAUCAGCACUGUGCUUGGUUCAUAUUGCACACACAGGAUAUAAUUUAGAUUUGCUCCUACUUUGACAGAAAAGAGAGAAACUCUUCAGCCCCUCUGUGGUUGACUGCAGACAUUCCAUGAAGCAAACAGAAAUAAGUUCCAGUUAAUGUAUAAAAUCAUUUUGUUUUGAUAUUUCUGUGAGAAAUAGAUGGAGAUGAGUAUUGUAGAUUAUAAUCAGCACAAGUAAGUGUGGAGGAGUUCAGUGUUGCCUGAGGAGAACGUUCUCACCUCUCUGGCCCCUAUCACUCUCAUUCCUUUCCCGUCGUGGGAGGUUUUCUUUCCUUCUGCAUGCCAUGCACUGUACAUAUGCACCACGACUUCACAGUGCCUUUUCAUUUUCAGCUUUGGGAACUAUACGCUCACGUCUCUCCAAAUUUGUUUACAUGCAAACAGCUAUUGCAUAUUUGCUCCUCGGUCAUUGUACAGUCGGCCUUUAUGCUGUUGUAAUGUCCACGCCGGCGGAACUGAAACCAUCCAGCUGCAUGCUUGGUCUAACAGUUUUAUCUAGGCCUUCUUUUGAGGAGAGGGGUUGAUGUGGCUUUAAUACUCUGCUGUGAGUGCGUGUUUGCAUGCCUGCAUGAAUAAGUGAUGACAGGAGAGAAUGAUAUUUACAGCAAAGCUGUAACAUAAAGCAAAACUGUCUGUGGUGAAUAUUACAGCAGAUAUAAGACUCACAGUGGGGACAUGAGUAAACCCUGCUGGGUCAUGGUUAAGACCGUCACAUGGUCUCUUGUAGCAUUUGCUUCCAGCUCACCCCAAAAUCUGUUAAAGCUGGGAUCACACGUCUCAGAUUUUUUUGUCUCACACCGUCAUCGUGUUAUCCAACCACUCUCCUGUCACUGGAUACUGUCCAACCUCCCACCAAACUGUGAACAUUCUUCCUAAACCUCGACACUACUGUCGGGUUAUUUAUGAUGCCAAGAUUAGACGAUAAUGAAUCAGAUAACUUCAGCCUUCAUAUGAAUAAACAGAUGUAUUGUUUUAGGAUGUAUACGUGUUUGCUUUAUAGAUAAUGAGAGAAAGGUGAAAACCAAUCAUGAUUCAGGAAGAGGACAGUAGAUGAGACGUGUUGAAGGGAUGCACUGGAUUUGAAUGAUUGGAUUUCAUGUAUAAAGUGUAUUUUUUUAAAGGCAAUGUAGAGAUAAGAAAUUUUAUAUUCACAAUUUAUGGAUGUCAAGGUUUGACACUUAGUUUUGUUGCUGUUGAUUGUGGAUUAGAGCCUAUGUCAUGAAAAUAGAGAGUUUUAUUGUCAAUGCUUUUUAAAAAUAUUUUUUUGCCUUUUUUAAAUUUCUUUAAUAAUUUGUCUGUUUAAUAUCACAGUAACUGUUUCCCCUCAUGUUUUAUUACUUAUCCCUGGUUAUUCUUAUUUUGUUAGUACACAUGUAACAUUCAUGACAAAAGGUACAUGACUGAUACCUCUCACUGUAAAGCCAAAAACAUAUUCUACAUCAGCACAGGCGACUUGUUGUUUUUGUUAGAUGCCUGUGAUCUAGCACAGACUGUAUAUAAAGAUGGACAACAUGACGGCUCCUCAAAGCUUCUUUAUCACUACCUGGUGGCUGGCUACAGUACAGGGCAUAAAUCCCACCUCCUCCAUGUUAGUGGAUGGGACAUGGACCAGACUCUGGCUCCAAAUGCACAAGAUGGCAGCGUUCGUAUCCCGGGUUUUUUGGUUUCAUUUCUGGAUAGUUGGAGGAAGUGAAGACGCGUCGUCCAUCUUUACUUACAGUCUAUGUGACUUGUCCUGGUACCAUUACUCCACAGGCAAAGCACAUAAUAUAUUUAAGUGUAUUGCGUAUUAAAUAAUUUUAGCUUCAUUUCGUUAUCAACCAUUUACUAGCUACAAUGUUCCACCCGGUUGACCUCAUUUUAUAGAGUAACCAUGGAGAUACCUUUUUGAUGACAGUCUAUCUGCUGUGAUACGUUAUCACCGAAAGACAUUUAGGAUCUGGAUUCAAAUGUUUUCCAUCCACUCAGUUUCCAUCCAUUCAUCUUCACAACAUGUUAUUUACUCUCUAAACGUCCACUACACCACAGCGUCAUUUAUCAGUGCACCCUACCUCACAAAUACUAAUCUCUGAUCGUUGGUUUGAUCUUUUUGGCAUAUAGAAUAUUUUCACCAUUGAUUACUACUGAUUACUUUCUGAUUAGUUGCUUGGUUUGUUAAAUGAGAAAAGGAUCUCUAACUCUAAAGUUGUUUGUGUGUAUUUGAGAUUUUUUCUCAGUUUUUUUGUUUUUACACAGUCUCGUUACUUUUGAUUUCGAUUUUUUAAUUUAUCUGUAGCCACCUUAUUGCCUGAAAUGGAUCACCAGUGUUUUACACAUUCAAAUACUUCUGAUAAGAUUCAUGUGUAACGUCUGAACAAUGGAAUAAAGCAUGUUUAUUCACUUA